AGAACUAUAUAUAUACAUAUAUGUUUGUCUACCUUCUCUCUAUCUACUUUUUCACAUUCUUGAUUCGAUCAUUCUGAUAAAUUCUUCAAUAAUCUAUAACGAAAAUGGCGAGUUCCACUGAACCCCAGCACAGAGAAGAGGAAGAGGAAGCAUCGGAGACUGGAGUAGUAGAAGAUGAAGAUACCGGGGCACAAAUUGCUCCUAUUAUCAAGCUUCAAGAGGUCGCUGUUUCAACCGGUGAAGAAGAUGAAGAUAUUCUUCUCGACCUAAAAGCAAAACUGUAUAGAUUUGAUAAGGAAAGUAAUCAAUGGAAAGAAAGAGGUACUGGUACUGUUAAACUUCUUAAGCAUAAAGAAAGUGGGAAAGUUAGGCUUGUUAUGCGUCAAUCUAAGACUCUCAAGAUCUGUGCCAAUCAUUUUGUGAGUUCUUCUAUUACACUUCAAGAACACGCUGGAAAUGAAAAGUCUUGUGUUUGGCAUGCAUCUGAUUUUGCUGAUGGUGAAUUGAAGGAAGAACUAUUCUGCAUUCGUUUUGCUUCAAUUGAAAACUGUCAAACAUUCAAAAGUAAGGUUGAGGAAAUAGCUCAAGCUGAGGGAGGGAACACCGAGGAAAGUAGUGAAGAGGCUGCUUCAACCGCUACCCUUUUGGAGAAGUUGACAGUAAAAGAAGAAACCAAGGUUGAAGAAGACAAACCGAAGGAGAAAAAGGAAGAGGAGAAGAAAGAAGAAGCGAAGGAGGAGUCGGCCACUGAUGAGAAAUAGGGUUUUACGCGAAUGGGAAUAAUAUUUUUUUGUUACAUAUCGUAAAUCAGUGAUAGACUUGGUCGGUUUGAGUUCUGGUUGUGUCAGCUUGUCUCUGUUCUCGAGUCUUCAUUUUAUCGCCAUUUUUUGUGUGUUUGAUUUUCAUACUUUUGUGUGAUUCAAUUGAGUUUGCAGCUUCAUAGAGUUGCUCAUUUGUAAGUCUGAAGCAGUUGUUGGUUUAUUGUGAACUAUUUUCUUAAAGAUACUCUUUUUUUUGCUUCUUUUGUUUAUGGUUGUGGUAUAUUUAUCUAUUUGAAGUUAUUAUAUUUGUUA